AUGCCCAAACACCUUCCCGCCUUCAAGCACCUUCUAUCAUCCUCCAACUCCAACCAGCGGUCAUCGGGAAAGCCCGAGAAAUCGGUCAAUCAGCUGAUAGCUGCCUCUCGAUCGGGCGAGCACCAGACAGGAGGUCGUGAUCUCCCACCUCAUCCUCAUGUCGCUGUAGGCCCUAGCUCGGUCUCGCGAGGUUCUCCGAGGGUGGUUCCAGAUGCGGAUGAGCUGCUGGUGAUGGUGGCUUGUGGUAUGAGCGGGGAAGCGCCUGUCCACCCUGCUGAAUUGCUGAGGCGGUCUGAGCUCGCACGUCGGCAAGCUGCACGUUCUGUUGCGGGUCCGGUCCCCCCUCCAUCCUGGCGUGCCAACGCAGUCGCAUCAUCCUCCAAACCACAGUCAACUAGCACGGCUUCAUCUGCGCCGAGCUGUUCAGCGGUGACCAAGGGCGAUCUCAUUGCUGCCCAGGCGAUGUUCGAGAGGACACCCACACAGAGUCCGGGGCUGGGAUCAUCCCGGCUGGUCGAGCACUGCUUGACCGCUGUGCUUCGUCACCUGGAAAGUACGGAAGUGAUAUACGAGGAGGUCGGCGAAGGCACUAAGGCGGGCACGGAGUCGAGAGGGAUGACAAUCGGGGAAGCGAUGCGCGAGCAGGUCGGCUACCUCGAGCCUCACCUCAAGAUCGCCCUUCUGGAUCUCGCUUCUAUCCGCCCGGAGUCUAGCGGACCAAGGCUCAGCGAUCGCUCCAUUCGGGCAAUUGUCCAUCGUCCAACCUUUGAAUGGGACGAGCCAGACGGUAUGGAGGAACAGAUCUCGGGCGCAAUCUCUGAUCCCGAGGAUUGGGCAGACAGCACAUCUGCGCCGCCGGAUCUCCACUAUCUUCCCCUCGUACUCCAACCAAAUCCCCUUCCUAUCCUUCGCGAACUAUCAUCAUUCCCCGCACUAUCAUUGUCUUCACUCAACCUGGCCUACUCGACCAUCAAGGAAUUGGAAAAGCUUGUCGGCGUCUUGCCUGCGGGCCUGCGCGAGCUGGGAAUGGUGGGUAUUAGACUGGCGGGGUCGGAGGGGAAAGCGAGUGAAGAUGAUCCAUGGCGCAGAGGGCUGGCGGCGAUGGGGAGAAGGAUGAUCGUCCUUCGAGUGUUGGACCUGUCCUUUCCUUCCAUGCCUAUCCUCCCUGCCGCCCUCUCCGGCCUCAUUCACCCUGGCAACGCCCGUCUUCCGUCCCUGGUCGCCCUCGGACUACGAGGCGUCAUACCUCAGGCAGGAUCAACCGCCGAUACCGUCGGCCUGGCAUUCUCAUACCGAACCAUCCUAUCUAGCCUGCGAAGUCCACAGCGGAAGCGAUGGGUAGAAGUGAUUCUUGAAUGA